AUGGCCUCGUCGUCAACAGCUGAUGGUGAUCAGUUCAAGGAGUACACCAUUAGUGCCAACAACAUUACUGCAAAAUUCAUUCCUAAUGGUGCACGCCUGAUGUCUUUGCUUGUACCUGAUCGAUCCGGCAACUUGCAAGAUGUUGUUUUUGGCUAUGACAAUCUCAAGGGCUGCCGUGGUGAUAAGCCCCAAGCCAAGACGUCGGGCUCAGAUUUGAAAAACUUCCAUGAUAGAGAUAUCUCCAAGUUUGCACGUUCUGGCCAAGCCAGUCCCUGGAAUGGGCUGUUAGUAUAUCUAUUCAUUUGGAAAGGGGUGACAAGGCCAUACAGCACGGAUUGA